UGAUCAUGAUUCGUGACAAACGAAAUUUUGACAUUAUGCUUUGUAAUCAUGGCGUCUGAACGUUAUAGUUUUUCUCUAACAACUUUCAGCCCGUCUGGGAAACUCGUUCAGAUCGAAUAUGCUUUAGCUGCUGUAGCCGCCGGUGGGACAUCCGUCGGUAUUAAAGCUUCCAAUGGAGUUGUCAUCGCAACAGAGAACAAGCAUAAAAGUAUUUUGUACGAUGAGCACAGUGUCAACAAAGUUGAGAUGAUAACUGGCCACAUUGGCAUGGUGUACUCGGGAAUGGGGCCCGACUACCGUCUACUUGUGACACAGGCACGCAAGAUGGCUCAACAGUAUUUCUUGAUGUAUCACGAGCCAAUACCCACAGCACAAUUGGUUCAGAGAGUGGCCACAGUUAUGCAGGAGUACACACAGUCUGGUGGUGUCCGUCCAUUUGGUGUUUCUCUGCUCAUCUGUGGCUGGGACAGCGAUAGACCAUACCUAUUCCAAUGUGAUCCCUCAGGAGCAUACUUUGCGUGGAAAGCGACAGCUAUGGGCAAGAACUUUAAUAAUGGAAAAACAUUCUUAGAAAAGAGGUAUACUGAGGAACUGGAGCUGGAUGAUGCAGUUCACACAGCAAUCCUUACCCUGAAGGAAGGAUUUGAAGGUCAGAUGACAGCGGACAAUAUUGAGGUGGGGAUCUGUGAUGCAGCAGGGUUCAGACGGCUAGAGCCCGCACAUGUAAAGGACUAUCUCGCUAAUAUACCAUAAUGUUAAUAAAUCUCAUUGUUUUUGGU